CCCCACCACCCUAUAUCUGCUCUCCUUGCGAACCCAGAGCCGAAUCCUUCUCUUCUUCACGCCCCCAGUCCCUCUUCCCCUCUUCAUCCAAGCCCUCUCCGUGUUGGAGAUUCGACCGCUUCGUCCCAUGGCGGCGUACGAGGGCGGCGGCGGGAUCGGGGGGAAGUUCCCGAAGCGCCCCUUCCGGCGGGCCCCCGCGACUCCGUACGAGCGGCCUCCUGCUGCCGUGCGGCCCGCUCGCGGCCACCCCGCGGAGACUCGGGGAAACGGGUGGCUGUCCAAGCUCGUGGACCCCGCCUCCCGGAUCAUCGCCUGGAGCGCCUCCCGCCUCUUCUCCUCCUCCGUUUUCCAGAAGCGGCUAGGUCCUCCACCGGCUGCUGCGUCACAAGCAACUGCUAAAUCUAUGGAAGAAGUCUCCGAAGAACAUUGUACUAAAUCAUUGCAAGAAGUGCAAGAACAACAUCUUAAUGUUGGAAAUAAUAUAAAUAGUUGUCCUAAUGCUGGUGGCGCUCAACAUGGAACCAAUUCUUGUGUUGAUGGAGUUCUUGAUCUUGAGCAACUACUGAAGCAGAAAACUUUUACGAGGAUUGAGUUUGAUCGCAUGACUCAAUUGUUACGUUCGAGAACUGUAGAGCCAAGUACACCAGAAGUGGCUGUCAAUUCUGGGAAUAAAGAAAUGGCAAAUGUUCUAUAUCAAGCAAAUAACAAGCAGCAGUGUGCUAUUGAACCAACUCGUAUACAACCGGCAUCAAGUUAUUAUAAAAACGAUAAGGAAGUUGUUUCAGAACAAGAAAAAAGGGGCAUCAUUGGGUUAAAUGGAAAUGAUGCAACUCCAGUCAAUUUGAUUGUUCCCAAGGAAGAAGCUGCCUUACCAACAGAAAUUGCUAAGGCAUAUAUGAGUUCAAGGCCUUUUAAAGUAUCUCCUGCAAAUCUAAGUGGGCAAAAUAAAUUAUUUCGUGAAGAUAAAGCUUUGCCAAGUGGUACACCAUAUGGAAAUAAAAUUUCUGAUCGUCCAAUGGCAUUGAGAUCUGCAGUCUGCAUUUCUGGACCUCCUGAAACUAAACCGAGCAGCUAUAUAAGUCCAAAACUGAAUGGCAGAUCAGCAAUUUAUAAGAUGUCUCGUUCUCCAUACUUCAAGCCCCAUUUGAUGGGUGACAAGUUGUUGAUGGAUGGCUAUGGUGGCCCCUCUUCAUCAAGUCAAUCAAUGUCCACAAAUAUUAUACAUCCUGGUGGCAGACAGAUGCUAAAAAGGAGGAGCUCAGUUUUGGAUGAUGAUAUUGGAUCCUUUGGUCCAACUCGUAGGACUCGACAAAAGUCUAAUUUGAUGUCUCCAUUGAAAAGCUCAUACUCAUCAGUGGGACAUUUUCUGCCUUCUUCCUCAACUCAUGUUGAUCGAGGUUCUAUAAUUCCUAGGCAAAAGCUUUACCACCUGAAUGAGCAGAAGAACAAUCAUUCAGAGUCACAAGCUUCAGAAAAUGGUGGGAUGCCUAUUGUUCCUGUUCCACUGCAGUCCAGUGAGAUGGCUAGGAAAAUAUUACAGCAGCUUGAUAAACUGGCCCCAUCUCCAAAAGAGAAAUCAUCUAAACUGAAAAUUGAUACCAAUGACUCGCCACAUAUGUUAACUCAGAACAUGCUGGGUGGGCAGGCUCUCAAAAGCAUGGAGGAAAUUGAUACAUCUAAAUUUUUGAAUGUGCAAGUGAAUGGCAGUUUGGAAGCUGCUAGUGAUUCACACCAAGAAGGAUAUGCCAUCUCUCAUAAGAAAGACGAGACUGAAGAAAAUGCCUACACAAAGCAUGCUGUUAAAGGGGUUCAAGUUAUAUCUACAGCCUCUAUUCUCAAGAAACCUAAUUUAGUUGGCACAGAGGCCAAGCCUACUGUGACAACGGCUAAUGUUGCUGUUGUUCCAGGUGCCGCUACUAUUUUCACACGAAAGAAACCUUCCUUUCAGAUGAGUGCUCCUGAGGAUCUCGACAUGUUGGAUGAUGACAGUUAUAAUAUAAAGAAUUCUUCUAGUCCAGCUAUUAUUGUUGAUAAUAAAUCAGAGUCGAUCUCGGAGGUCGAGACCACACAUGUUGCAAAAACUAAUUUGGAGAAAUCUGUAGAAUCUUCCUCUAUUGGUAUGCAUGUGUCUACAGCGAUAUUGGACAGAGAUCCCCAUAAGAUCAACAAUUGUUCAGGUGCUGAUAAAAUGGAUGGAUUCCCUUUUCCUGCUGUACCUGCUUCCAAUUCUUUCAAAUUACCAUCAGUUUGUCCUAUGUUAGUCACAUCACUUGAGAAAUCAGCUACACAGACUGAGGAAGUUUCUGCUUCUACAAGUAAAAUUGUCUUGAAUACUCAUUCAUUUGGAUCUCCUUCAACUUAUGCUGAUUCUAGUGUCUCGAAAUUUGCUGUGAGUAAUGCUACCACAACAGAUGUAUUAGAAGGCUCAAAUUCAGGCGAAGUUGGUAAAACCAUGAAAGGUGGAGACUCGUUCAAUGCAUGUGGAAGUGCUGCAUCCUCAGGCUUGUCAACUUUAACUAGCUCAGGCAUAAACGUUUUUGGAGUUUCAACAACUUCUAAACUAAAUGAUGAAGCUGCUUCUUUGACCUCAACCACAUCUUUGGUUCCUGAUGCUUCAGUCAUGGCAUCGGAUUCUUCGUGUCCAUCAGGUUUCUCUACCAGCAUCAGCACGAUGCCUAGUCCUUCAAUUGCUGUCUCACAUGCUGCACCUGCUUUGUCGACGAUCUCCUCAUUCCAGUUCAAUACUUGUGGUUCUCUUGGUGCUUCUAGUCCAGUUAUUUCGUCAACAGAAAAAUGUGGGCCAGCCAACUUGAUUGAGUCUGAUAAGUCGUCCACUUUCAGCAUAAGCAGCUCCGCCACUCUGGGUACAUCUGCUGCAACAUCAGUAUCUGUGAGCAUGAUCAAUAGCUCAUCUGCUCUGCCCGUAUCACCGUUGUUUAGUACAGCCAGUGAUUUUUUGGCUGGGGCGACGUCUUCGUCUUUCUCAACUUCAUCGUCUGGACUCUUCAGUUUUGGUGCAUCAUCACAGUCUAGUGGUGCCAACUCAUUGAUUUUUAGUAACAAUCCUCAAAACUUGACAAAAUCUGGUGACACAGCUGGAUCUACUUUUAGCACUCAGCUAGCAGUGUCUGGAACAGGGAUGUCAAAUCCGUUGCCAAGCUCAUCUGGUACAUUUGGUUCAUCAACUCCGGUGCCAAUAUUUGGUUCAAGUGGCACUUCCUCAUCAGGUUCUGCAAGCUCAUCGUUUGGUUUCUCAACUGCUACCAAACCUCUUUGUUCAAGUUCUAGCUUCUCUUUUUCCUCUGUUACUGGAUCAUCUUCCAACUCCGGCAGCAUUAGUACAUUUGUGCCAGCAACAAAUUUUGGUUCGAGUUCCAGCUUUCCUUUUUCCGGUGCUACUGUUUCCUCUCUAGGUGCUGGCAACAGCAACUCCCUUGUAUCAACUCCACCUUUUGGUUCAAGCAGCUUUUCCUUUUCAACAGGCGGUACUUUGUCGACCAAGUUUGGUGACAACAAUUCCACUGUAGGAGGUACAGGCAUUGCCUUGUUCAGUUCCAGUUCCCAAUCAUCCCAGUCAUCAGUGUCUGGCUCCACUUUUGGCUCGACAACUUCUGCCCCAGCUACAGGGUUUCCAUUUGCAUCAGCUCCUUCAGGAAGUUCACCUUUCACGUUUGGUGCGUCAGUGCCAGCAUUUUCAUUCACUUCAAUUGGAAACACAAAUUCAUCAACUUCUUCUGCACAGCCUGUGUUUGGAGUGCCAAAUCAGAUAGCUAGUUUGAAUUCACCUGGAAAUGAUCAGAUGAAUGUUGAGGAUAGCAUGGCUGAUGAUCCUGCCCAGUCCUCUAUUCCUCCAGCAGCGACAUUUGGACAGCCCAAUUUACUUGCAUCCUCGAACUUCAUGUUCGGUGCCCCAGCUGCUCCUGGUGGGCUAUCAACCUUUCAAUUUGGCAGCCAGCAGAAUAGUUUCAUUCCUCAGAGCCAGUCUCCAUUCCAACAGUCUGGAAAUGCAGAUUUUGCAGGAGGAAGCUUUUCUUUGGGAAGUAGCGGGGGUGAGAAAUCUGGUCGAAGAAUUGUGAGAGUAAGACGAGAUAAGCACAGGAAAAAGUAAGAAGAGCUAAAAAAAUGAUAUAAUUAAGAUGCAUUUGCGGCUCUUGCUUGUUAGAUUUUGCUUAUUAUUUGAUAGCAAAGAAUUCUUAAGGAAAGAAGUGCUAUAUGUCUCCGUCAAAGUGCAUGAUCUCUGGAAUGUGGGCGAAUUGUCCUUGGCAUUGAAAUUUCAGAACACUUGAGACUUCACCCUUUUCUUUAGCAUAUUAUGGUUUUCCAGCUUUCUUCAGCCUAUAUUGUUGCAGUUUUGGUUUAGUGGUAGACAGCAUGCAGGACUGUUGCACUUUGGACUGUUGUCAAGGAUAAGCUUCUGCUGUUGGUAUGCUUGUAUUAAUAAUUGUAUUGUUGAAGUCCCAACAUAAUUUUUGAUGUAAUCUGUAUCACAUCCUGGCAAUUUUGGCUUGUGAGAAUUGAAGAUUUGUAGUCUUAUUUUACAUUCUAUGAUUACUAUUGAACGAAUGUUAUGUUUUU